CCCUUUUUUCCUGUGCUGCGAUCAGCCAAGGGAAGGGGGAGCUGUCCCACGUCUCCCGCCCCGCUGCUGCUGCUGCCCCGGCUCCUCUCACUCCUGGACCUGCUGCCCGGACUGACCCUGCUACCUGCCCGCCCGGGGGAGGAGCCAUUUCCCUCGCCCGGGAGGAUGGAAGUCCUGCAGCUCCUGCGCCUGCUCCUCACCACUGCCAUGCUGGGCUUCUCUCAGACCGUGAACCCCUUCGUGGCCCAGCAGACCCUCCUGGACCCUUGCUACGAUGAGAGUGGUGCUCCUCGCCGCUGCAUCCCUGAAUUCGUCAAUGCCGCCUUUGGGAAGGAGGUGCAAGCCUCCAGCACAUGUGGGAAGCCCCCAACGCGGUAUUGCAACGCCUCGGAUCCACGCCGAGCCCACCCGCCUGCCUACCUGACUGACCUCAACACCGCAUCCAAUAUGACGUGCUGGCGCUCUGAGACCCUCCACCACUCACCCCAGAAUGUCACUCUCACCCUCUCCCUCGGCAAGAAGUUUGAGGUGGUCUAUGUCAGCCUCCAGUUCUGCUCCCCCCGGCCAGAAUCCACCGCCAUCCUCAAGUCCAUGGACUACGGCAAGACCUGGGUGCCAUACCAGUACUAUUCCUCCCAGUGCCGUAAGAUCUACGGCAAGCCCAGCAAAGCCACCGUCACCAAGCAGAACGAGCAGGAGGCCCUCUGCACCGAUGGCCUCACCGACCUCUACCCGCUCACCGGCGGGCUCAUUGCCUUCAGCACCCUUGAUGGGCGACCCUCUGCCCAGGACUUCGACAGUAGCCCCGUGCUCCAGGACUGGGUGACGGCCACCGACAUCCGUGUGGUCUUCAGCCGCCCGCACCUCUUCCGCGACCUGGGCAGCCGGGAUGCUGGGGAGGACGAAGGAGGCACCAGCUCCACCCCAUAUUAUUACGCGGUAGGGGAGCUGCAGGUCGGCGGGCGCUGCAAGUGCAAUGGGCAUGCGGCGCGCUGUGUGAAGGACAAGGAGCAGAAGCUGGUGUGUGACUGCAAGCACAACACUGAGGGACCCGAGUGCGACCGCUGCAAGCCCUUCCACUAUGAUCGACCCUGGCAGCGAGCCACAGCUCGUGAGGCCAACGAGUGUCUGGCCUGUAACUGCAACCUGCACGCCCGGCGCUGCCGCUUCAACAUGGAGCUGUACAAGCUCUCAGGCAGGAAGAGCGGUGGCGUGUGCCUCAACUGCCGGCACAACACCGCGGGGCGGCACUGCCACUACUGCAAGGAGGGCUUCUACCGGGACCUCAGCAAGUCCAUUACGGACCGCAAGGCCUGUAAAGCUUGUGACUGCCACCCUGUUGGCGCAGCCGGCAAGACCUGCAACCAGACGACAGGGCAGUGCCCAUGCAAAGACGGCGUGACCGGUCUCACUUGCAACCGCUGUGCUAAGGGCUACCAGCAGAGCCGCUCACCAGUGGCCCCCUGCAUCAAGAUCCCUGCCAUCAACCCCACCUCCCUGGUCACCAGCACGGAGGCGCCUGCGGACUGUGACUCCUACUGCAAGCCAGCCAAGGGCAACUACAAGAUUAACAUGAAGAAGUACUGCAAGAAGGACUAUGUGGUCCAGGUGAACAUCCUUGAAAUGGAGAUGGUGGCCAACUGGGCCAAGUUCACCAUCAACAUCCUCUCUGUCUACAAGUGCCGUGACGAGCGGGUCAAGCGUGGUGACAAUGUCUUGUGGAUCCACUUGAAAGACCUGUCCUGCAAGUGCCCCAAGAUCCAGAUCAGCAAAAAGUACCUGGUCAUGGGGAUCAGUGAAAACUCCACUGACCGGCCGGGACUGAUGGCUGACAAGAACAGCCUUGUCAUCCAGUGGCGGGACGCCUGGACACGCCGCCUUCGGAAACUGCAGCGGCGGGAGAAGAAGGGAAAGUGUGUGAAGCCCUGAGGGGUUUCCACACAUUCCAUCCCACCCCAUGCUCAGCCCCAGCCCGGCUGUGCGCUGCCAAACUGCACCCAGAGACUCUGUACAUAUAUAUAGUGUGAACAGACUCUUCUGUCUAUAGUGUAUAUUUUGGCAAUGGUUUCCCCUUGUAUGCACGUAUGGUGCGCAUGUGGGCCUUUUCCUCUAAGUGUGUAUUAAAAAUAACACAGUAAUGACAAACCUUUAA